CUUUUCCCUGUCUGUCUGCAAAAGAUGCAAGUUGUUCCACAGUAGCAUGGAUCUUAAAAUUCUCUUUCUUCUAGCUGGCUCCUUGGUGGCUUCCAGCCGGUUUCCCUCUCCACUGAUUCUUUCUAACGGCCGUGUUGAAGGAGAAUCCAUUAAGAUUACAUGUUUGGCACCCAGGCACUUUAAGGAUGCCUGGUUUUUUUUGUUCAAGGUGAACCAAGUUCAACCAUUGCAGACUCUGCCUGCUGCAGAAACACAGCAUUCUGUUACUUUCUUCCUAGAGAAUAUCACUUACGGUGACAGAGGCCAGUAUAAGUGCCAGUAUGGCAUGUACAAUGGAAGUGAGUUGAAGCUGUCUGAACUCAGCCACAUCCUGGAGAUUACUGUGGAGGCAUCCGGCUUGACCACGUCCCCUCCAACAAGUCCUCCGAGAUCUGAUUCAAAAGGUCCAGUCUGGGUUCUCCCCAGUGUCCUGAGUGUGGCUGGAGUGCUGCUUCUAGUUGUGAUCUUUGUGGUGGCCGUGACUGCAAUUAGACGCUUUAAAGACAGAAGAAAGAAGAAAAGGGAGCUGCAAUCCUGCUGGACAGAAACAAGCUACCCCACAACAGAGACAUCGUUUGACAACUGUGUGUUCACUGUUACAAUGAAAAUGGACCUGGAAGUUAUAGAGAACUAUGGUGCCCGGACCUCAUCAGCCAUGAAUACAAGACUUGCAUCCAACUGCUCCGUCGAAAAGCCAGAUUUCUGUACUUUCAGAAGUUCAGAAUGACGUUUCUGUUGACCACUGGGCCCAGGGCCACUUUGACAACCUUCCUCCCUUACAGUAAUACCCACCAAGUUGUUUCUCUCAGAACAUCCACAGAAACAAAGUUCAUCAGGCAUUUUUGGCCAGAGGCUCCUUGUCCAUGCCAUCACUAAGUUCUGCCUUCAUCUCUCUGUGGAUUCUCCCACCACCAAUCACACAUUUUGAACUUGGGUCAUGUGAGAAAGAAAGAGAUGAUCAUGUUCCUGGUUUAAUCCAUUUCUAGAAUGUUUUUUCUAAUCCUGGCUUGGGAGGAGUAGGAAAGACAAAGAUGAAUAGAGCUCUGAGAAUUUUCAGCUCUGAGCCUAUGGCAAGAUUGGAAGGUGAAGCUGAACAGAAAGUUGGGUGGCUAAACCUUCAAAAAUAAUGCAUUGUUUCCACAUUUGUAUGUUCAAAGAGACAAAAAGAACGGUUUUGUCAUAUAUAUGUGUGUGUUUGCUGAAAACAGCAGCAUUUGAACCACAUAUCCUUACACUUUCUUUAAGUGCCUCCAGUCAAAGGUUUUGCUCUGCCUUCCCAAAACAUUGGGAAAUUCUUGGGUCAAAAGCUGUGAUGAAUUCUGUGGCACUUUAAAGACUAAUGAACCUAUUUGUUGUGGCAUAAAAUCUAAAUUCCACUUCAUCAUAUUCAUGGUUAUCUUCCAUUGACAGGCAUGCAUGCGUACCAAGAAAAAAGUUGGUAAACCAUGAGGCCAAAGGCCUUAAAGUGCCAUACAUUUAAUACAAAAAAACACCUAGAAAUAUAUGAAAUAGCCAUACUAGAAUUUAUCAGCAAGUUCAAUUCUGUUUAAUUGGUUUUAUUUAUACUGUGGGUUUCUUUCCACAAGAGUUAAGUUGUUAAAUAGAAAGACAGUGCCAUCAGCAGUGAUUGCAUUUGUGAAUGGGUUACUCUUGUAUCUUUGGCUCUGCACAGAAAUACAGCACAUCCACUUGUUACCCUUUGCAUUUCAUGGCCUUUGGGUGCCACUGUUAACUGUAUUUCCUAGAUCAGCUUUCUUCAAAGUCUUACAGAGGUUUUGAGAAAAAAGGAAGUACUAAACUCAAUGAGGGAGAAUCAGCAGGCGGGCCACAAUAUCCAACAAGCUCAGCUACUUCCUGAGAAGAGAGUGGUAUCUGUGGUAUCCUGUAUUUUCCAACCAUUCCUAUACCUGGCCAGGCAAGCUGGUUUACCAGACAGGCUGCUCCUGUGGUCCAGCUAAGAUGGUUACUGCUGAUCCUUUGCUUGCAUAUACAUAAAUUAAUCAUAGAAUCAUAGAAUAGUAGAGUUGGAAGGGGCCUAUAAAGCCAUCAAGUCCAAGCCCCUGCUCAAUGCAGGAAUCCAAAUCAAAGCAUUCCCGAUAGAUGGCUGUCCAGCUGCCUCUUGAAUGCCUCCAGUGUCUAGGUAAUUGGUUCCAUUGUCAUGUGGCUCUAACAUCAGUCAGUAUCCUCUCCUCAACAUAACCAACACUCUUAUUAUUUAUACAGCGCUCAAGCAUAAUUUUUCUGGGUCUGGUUCAAGCAUGUGACAUGGGCCAUCCACAACUCUAGAUCCCUUGCCUGUUUUGCAAAAUCAUGUGAUUCAUUAGUGCCCCUUUGGCUUCUUUUAGUUCUCUUUCCUUAAGAUCCUUCUGUCUGCAUUAUUUCUAUUUAUAGUCAAGCAUGGCAGAAUGGUGUAUAUUAAUUAUCCACUAGCAAAUGCAUUUAGACAAUGUCCACUGUUCCUGGGAUCUAGUGUCAGUUCUAUGUAUGAUGUUUUGGUCUCCAGGGGCCUAGAGGUGGGGAACCUUUUUCAUCCCGAGGGCUGCAUUCCCUUCUGGACAACCUUCCGAGGGCUACAUGCCAGUAGUGGGUGGGGCCAGAGACAAAGAUGGAGGGAGCAAUUAAUAUAAAAUUUACCAUGUACAGUAGGCUAGCUUCUGUACAUACUCACACACUCUUCUCUGUACUCCAUCCAGACAAGCAAGAGACCUAAACUGGAGUUCAAGACCAUAUUCCAGUUGGGCAAAAACACUGGGGGUGUGAAGUGGGGCCAGUGGGGGACAUGGCUUGGGGAGAGUUCAGGCCAGGUAGAGGCCGGGAGGACCUCAUUUGCUGCUGGGUCUGAAGUUCCCCACCCCUGGCUUUUAUCAUUUAUCUGCAUAUGUUAUUGGACCUGCAGAUCAAAACAAACAGAACUGGUUCCAACUAACCCAGAGAUAUCAGUGCCCCUGAUUAUUCUUGUAUUUGUCGCUCUGUCCUGCUGCCAAUCUGUCAAAACCUGUUGGCUCCACCCUGUGCACAGGAACUACCAGCAACAGCUAAGGACCUCUGGAACAAAUUCAUGGAGAAUAAGGCUAUCAAUGGCUGUUCUGUUCUAACAUUGUUUCUGAUUGGCUCUCAGAGAUACAUAAAUAUGGGGAAAUAAGUUUUUACAAACUUCCUCAAGCAUGAUCUAUCGUUUAAUCUCAUUUCCCUAGGGUUGCCAUAUUGCCUGGUUAGCCAGGUUUUACCCGGAUUCUAUGCAUGCCACCCGGUGCCCGGCUAGCCCCUUAGGUGGCCCGGAUUCUCAGCUUUAAUUUAAAUAAAACAUUAAGUUUCUAGGUGGUCUGGUUCUGGAGAUAUACAGAAAAACGUCAGCCCCCCCAACUGUUAAAUCUUUCUUUAAACAGUACUGUAUACAGUACUACAGCACUUCCUAGCUUUAACCCCGCCCAUUCAGGAUUGCAGCCAAUCAGGGAUUGUGUUUCAGUUUCAUUGACCUGAGGCAGUGACUAGAAAACAAAAUGGUGGUCCCCCCCUCGUUUAUCUGAAAAUCUCAUAAAUUGGGUAAGUAUAUACAUUUCAGUUUUUUUUCCUCUUGUGUGCAGGAGUCAGAUCUUGGGCAGUGUUUUGAAAACCUUCCCAAUACUUGCUUUUUGUAAAAGCAAUGCUAAUCCCAUAUGCCCAGAGUAAAUCCCAUUGAAUUCAAUAGGACUUACUUUUGAGUAGACAUGGUUAUGAAUGUGCUGAAAAUCAAUGGGACUUUGGAGUGAAUGUAAAAAAGAAUUGUGUUUGUGCCCUCCAGUCCUAUUUUAAAGCAAGUAGGCAGGGCUUGCUUAGGUAUUACAGUUUUUAUUCUGUAGGAAAGUAAUACUGAUUUUUUAAAAACUAAUACUGAUUUUUCUGCAAUGACCAACGGGUUUGACAAUAAACUAUUAUAUGGGCUGUAUGUAUUUAUACAUCUGCAGUGUGUGCGUGUGUGUGUAUGGAGUCUUUCCAACACCCCUGUGAGGUAGGGUUGGAAACCAAGGCAGCUCACAACAAGAAAUAAAGCCAUUUAAAAUCCAAUAACCAUAAAAACAAGUAUAAACAGUUGCAAAACAGCGUAAAGUGGCAAGAUUCGGAAUUUUGGGUUGUGUGAAUGAAGUUGCUUAUCACUUGAGGUUGCAUUUCUGUCCUUGUUUGAGUAAGCCCCACUGAAUACACUGGGACUUGCUUCUGAAUAAAUAAACCUAGGAUUGCACUAUAAAUAUCUUUACAGUUUGUGUAAAUAAUAAAUAUAUUUGAUAGUCAUGCUUAUAUAAAUAUUUCUUCAUUUAUCAUAUUUUUCGUUUUUGGUUAGGAAUCCUGACUGGUUGUGAGAUGCUUAGUUUUUUGCCUUACUCAUAGGAAUCUUGUUGUGGUUGGUAUGGUAUUACAUUUAGGAAAGUGUUACUGCCUUUUGUGUUUUUUUUUCCUAUUUGCAUUUCACUUAUCUUUAACCUCACUCCGUUACAGCCAUAGAAGCAACAGCAGCAUAUGCAAGAUAAUUAACUUCCAUUAGUGAUAAGAACAAGAAUUUAUAAUUAUUAUUUCAAUUAAAACAAGAGGCUUAUCAAUACUUUGAAGAGGACCAGAUAUUUAUUUUGUUUCUGAGCCCAGGACUGGGUCUUUCAUGAUGCCCGGGGGGGGGGAGGGCAGCAGGAGAGUAGUCGAUAAGACAGACAUCCUGGCAUUGGUAAUCUAAUUAGCAAGAUAUGUGUGGGGUUGUUGCACACUUCCAGGCCCAGUUUCAUUUUGAGUAUGGAGGUGGAACCUGUGUAGAUGUGGUUGAUCAAAAGGAGAAGAAAUUUUGAGUUAAGCAAAGCUCUGCUUUUAUAAAACCUAAGAAACAUACAGAUACUUUGAAUGUCUGAGUGCCUGCACCAGUGGAAUACUGGAGGAACUUGUAAAACUUGCUGCAACAGUAUUUAGAACUGAGCAUGUGGUGUGAAAGACUCCUUUUCCUAACAUUUUGGCUUCUUGUUUUUCUCCACCCACCACAUCUCUGAAAUAUAUCAUAUAUGGUUAACCGUACUGCUGCCCUGACUUACUUUAUGUU